AUGGUAGAUGAAAAUACCCUCGCAUCUACACCUACUUUUGUUAACAUGCUUAAUCAAAUUCAUAUUGAUGAAAAGUGGUUUUAUAUGUCCAAGACAUCACAAAAGUAUUAUCUCCAUCUGGAUGAAACGGAGCCCUUUUGCACAUGUAAAAGUAAAAUGUUUAUUACAAAGAUAAUGUUUUUGACUAUUGUUGCUCGUCCACAAGUUGAUGGUACUACAAAUGAAGCAUUCAAUGGCAAAAUUGGAAUAUGGCCAUUCAUGUCUAAGGAACCUACGAAGCGGAAUAGUAAGAAUGGUGUACCUAGGACUUUGGAGUCGAACCUAUUGUGUCGGACCAUCUUCAUUCAACAAGACAAUGCAAAGCCACAUUUAGAUGUUAACGAUAUCAAUUUCGCAGAAGCAGGGAGAAAUGAUGGAUUCGAUAUUCAUUUAUGUCGUCAACCUCCGAACAACCCUGAUAUGAAUGUCUUAGACCUUGGUUUUUUUAGAGCCAUUGAUUCACUUCAACAUCAAGAGGCUCCAACUACAAUUGAGGACUUCAUUUUAGCAAUUGAGAAUGCUUUUCAGACAUUUCCUACUAAAGAGUUGAAUAAUGUGUUUCUAAAAUUGCAAUCAUGCAUGGUUGAGGUGAUGAGAAAUUUGGGGGGUAACAAUUACAGGAUUCCACAUAUGAACAAACAAAAAUUGAUGAGAGAUGGGCAACUAUUGAAUUGCAUUCAGUUCGACUCUGACGUUGUAUGA